AUGGGAUAAGAAUGCCAGAAAUGUAAGGUUUAUUCAGGAAAGGAAGAGUUUGACUUAAAGAACAUGGAUUAGGAUUUAGGAGAUGAGAGUCCAGAUAUAGAAUAAUCAUUUUUAGAUGAAGAGGAUGAAAUAAAAAAGCAUAGUAAAUAAAGAAAUUUAUAAGUAAGAUAAGCCCCCUUCUUUAGAAAAUUUCAACAAAAGAAGAAUGUUUGGGAAAGUAGAAAGCUAUGAAUAAAAUGAUGGAAAAUAAUCAGGAACAAUAGAGAAUAAAGAAAUAGCAUUAACUGAAGAACAAAGAGGAGAGGAGAUUAUUUUAGUGGAUGGAUCAAGAUAUUAAGGUUAAAUAGUGAAUAGUAAGGCAAAUGGGAAAGGAAAGUUAUGGUUGAAUAAUGGUGAUAUUUAUGAAGGAGAUAUGAUAGAUAACAUGAUUUAAGGAAAUGGUGUAUAUUAUUAUAAUCGAGGACCUAUAUAUAAUGGAUAGUUUUAAAAUGGAAAAGCUCAUGGUAUAGGUAAGGAGAUGUGGCCAGAUGGAUCAAUUUAUGAGGGAUAGUUUAAAAAUGGUAAAAAAGAAGGAUAAGGUUUAUAUAAGUGGAGUUAAGGUUGUAUGUAUGAGGGAGAGUGGUUUGAGAACAUGAUUCAUGGUGAAGGAAGAUAUGAAUGGUCAGAUGGUAGGGUAAUUUAAUAUAUGUAUCUAUAGUAUUAUAAAGGAUAUUGGAAUAAGAAUCAAAUGCAUGGAAGAGGUAAAUAUUAAUGGAAAGAUGGCAAAUAUUAUGAUGGAGAAUAUGAAUAUGAUAAAAAAUGUGGAUUUGGAAUAUUUAUAUGGGCUGAUGGAAAAUAAUAUUAGGGUUAUUGGUUUGAUGGAAAAUAACAUGGGAAAGGUUUAAUGAUUAAUAAAGAAGGAAAGAAAAAGUUUGGAGAAUGGAUGAAUGGAAAGUUAAUUAGUUGUAAUGAUGAGACUAAUGUUGAAAUCAUUCCUGAAGGUUGGCUAGAUAAGGUUUGA